GCACAGAGAGUCGCUUAUAAAAGGAACCCGAAGUGAUGAUCAGCCACAGACACCGAGGCAGUCUGGGAGUCAUUGUCUUUCCGUGUCUUGACCGGCACAACACCACAGAAAAGAUGAACUUGUUUGCUGUUUUGCUCUGCGUGUUUUUAGCAGACAUUCAGAGUUCACAGGGCCGGACGUUCCCCGUCCCGCUGCCCGCCUCCCACACUCCCAAUGGUGUGAUGUUUCCAGGACGACGAGAUGGCAACGAAUGCAGGGAAACUGACAGCAACAUACUACCUGUCAAGCCCAGGAUCGUGGGAGGCACUGAAGCGGAAAAGCACGAGUUCCCGUGGGUGGUCGAACUGCAGCUUUACAACCUCUGGGAAAAAAAGUAUGAACACCAGUGCGGCGCCUCCGUGAUAGACGAGUGGUGGGUCAUGACCGCCGCCCACUGCAUUGACUAUGACACGAGCUUUAAGAUCGUAGCCGGUGAACAUAAAUUAUCAGAAGUUGAAGAUGAAGAGCAGCACCGUAAUGUAGAAACCAUUGUCAAGCAUCCUGAUAAGCACAAAUUGACACUAGAGAAUGAUAUUGCCCUCUUGAAGCUGUCAGAGAAGCUGGAACUGGAUGGAAAGACUGUCGCUCCCAUCAGUCUGCCAACAUCACAAACCAACCCCACAGGUGAAUGUGUGGUGGCGGGCUGGGGCAGCGUAAGUAACCAAAACUACAUAUGCUCUGACGUGCUGAGGAAAGUCAAGGUACCAAUAGUUUCAGACGAAGAAUGCAGAGAAAGUUACGAGGUUAAAAAUCUACCACCGUUUUUCGACAGUAUGAUCUGCGCUGGAUACGAAAAGGGUGGCAAAGGCUUUUUCAAGGCUCCUCACUCAAGUGAACAAACCUAUCGAUGUGUACGGUAAGUAACUUUGGUCACUGCAUAAAGGCUAUUUAAUGAUUCUUGACCACACCUAUGCAAUAUAAAGAUGUACUGUAUAAAGUUUUCUUUAAAAUAUAGCGGUGCAUAGAUUGAUAAAAGGUUUUCUUAUGAAAAAAUAAACAAUAUGCUUCCCCGUGCUUCAAAACACGAUGUCAUUACAUUUCUUACAGAUAUAACAAUGUAUACACUUUCUUGUUGAAAUAUUGCGGUGCAUUAGAUUUAUAAACGGUUUUCUUAUGAAAAAAAUAAAUAAGGAAUAUGCUCCGUGUUUCAAAACACUCGCCAGACACCUACGAAAAAGCAGUUAGCUGUAAACAUAAAUUGUUGUGCACAGCUGCCCGGCCUUUGCUUGUUAACAAAGCCAAGACAGUUGUGGAUAGCUGGACAGCUCCGAACACGACACAGAGAAGCAGCGCGGUGUUGUUGUUGCCUGCCGCCAUGAGUGCCGUACAAAUUGAAUUUUCUAUACAUUACAUGAGUUACCUACUGCCUGGUACAUUCAAAUGAAAGUAUGUAUCGGUAUACACCCGUUGAGGUCAGUAGAAAGUGACAAAUUGCUUGCCUUAUAUAAAUAUAAGUUGUUUAAAGAAUACCAUUUUAAACCAUGAACAAAUGCUCAAAGUCUCAAACGAUGUCAUAUUCUGUUAGAUUGCAUGAAAUUAGUUUACUUAUAUUUCAGACGCAUUCAUGUACAACGACACACCUGUAUAAGCUUGGAAAACUUGUCCCAAAAAGUAUUUAUAUUCCUGCAAUAAUUACAUAACCUGUCGCUGUUGUCAAUUGCUGAUUGCGAGCAGGCUAACUGUAUUCAAAGAUGCAGGAGGAGACGUGGAGGGAAGGACAAGAUCCUAGAGAAUACCGAUAUAGAGUAAAAAAAAAAAAACUUCAAAACAUAGGACAUGUCUUAAACCUCUUUUGAAAGACCUCAAGUCA